UUUUCGCAGGUUCCUGUGGCAUGUAAAUCUUGUCCCUGUGGCUACAUAUUUAUUAGUCGAAAACUCUUGCACGCUAAACGUGCUGAGAGAUCUCCACCCAUCACAGAAAACAAGAGCGAGGCCAAAAGGAGACGAACAGAGAGAGUUAAGCGAGAGAAGAUAAAUUCUGCAGUAAAUAAAGACCUAGAGAACAGAAAGAGAUCCAGGUCUAACAGCCACUCAGAUCAUAGCAGACGAGGAAGAGGAAGACCUAAGAGUGCCUCAGCCAAAAAGCACGAGGAAGAAAGAGAGAAACAAGAAAAAGAAGUUGACAUGUAUGCUAACCUUUCAGAUGAAAAGGCUUUCGUUUUUUCAGUGGCCUUGGCGGAAAUAAACAGAAAAAUUAUCAAUCAAAGACUUAUUCUGUAACUUGUGAGCACAGCCUGCUGCAGUUACCUGCAGAAUGGUUAGCAUAUUUCCAAGGGGCCGUGGACUCUGGGAAAUUGUGUUGUCUGCACCGACAAGGACCGUAGUAUUUCCUGUUAAAAUUCUGCUGCUGUUCUUGGAAAUGGAAUUGUGUCUCUACAAGUCAGAAAGAAAGUGUUCACAGGAUUGUGCUGUGGAAAAUCACAAAGCAGAUAUCUCCUUGAAGACAAAUGCUAGACAAAUGCACACAGAGAGACUGCACCCAUUCCAGAGCACUUCUUUUGAAUUUGCUGCCAGAAAUGCAAUAUUUUAAAUAUUUUCAGAAAUAAAUGAUUUUCCUUUAAAAUUAUAUAUUUCAGAUUUUUCAGCUAUAUUGCAGUUUACGUAUGUACAUAUAACUUUUUAAUAAAUUGAUAUUCCAAUA